AUGUCGUCUUGGUCUGGUGCUGCUUAUCCUCCUCCCGCGCCUCCUCCACGCGGCCGUUCACGUUCGCGCUCCCCUUAUCGUGGAGUGCACCCUCCGAGGCCCGUGUUUCCUGAGCCUGUAUACGGCCAAGACCCCUACCGUGCCGACUGGGAUGCGUAUGACAGGGAGCGAGCGUGGGCCAACUACGAAAGAGAGCGAGCUGCCUACGAGUAUAGCAGGCGAGGGAGAAGCCGCAGUCCUCCUGCUGAAGAAGCUGGCCGCAAGCGACGACGCUCUCUCUCACCUUGGGACAGGGAGAGAUACGAGCCUCGGCCGCGGUAUCAGGAAGAUUACGACGCCCAUUCUCGCGGGUAUGGUUACGCGUCACCUCACCGGGGGCAGUAUCCUCCUCCCCCUCCUCCCCCUCCGUAUGGUUCUUCCAGACGUGCUCCCCCUGACCCCCAUACUUUCGAUUAUCCUGCGUCAUUGAAACAGUAUGCCGAGUGGUUCCGCUACUAUUAUCCUCAGCAGGCCAUUGAGGAGGAUAAUGCCGAUAAAGCGGCGGAACAAGAAGCUGGAGACGGCUCCAAGCCUCGAAACGGUAUCAGGGCUCGUUGGGAGAAGUACAAAAAGGACUUUGCUGCGCAACAGCUUCAGCGGAUGUUUGAUCACCACCGCAAGUCACCAUGGUUUGCUGAGAAGUACGACCCAGCUCCUGAGUAUACGAAUAUGCGUGCUCGGGUGAGGAAGGUUGGCUGGAGAGGGAGGAUCGAUUCCUUCUUGCUUGACGUCGAAGCUGGGAAGUUUGACCCUGACCUCAACGAACCUGAACCAGAGGCGACUUCGCCUGUCAAGGAGUCCACAAAUGGCGACGCUGCCUCGAACGCGACUGAGGUAACUCCUGCGCAGGCUUCAGCUGAAGAAACCAAACCAGUUGUCACUGGCGACGAGGAGAUGCAGUUCAAUGUGGAACCUGAAGACGAAGGUGGAGACAACGAUGCGAGUCGUCUUGAUACCAAUGGCAAGACCUUUAACGAUCUAAAGCGUCCCAACCGUGGGGAGGAGAUAUCUGUACAACCUGAAGGUAACCAAGUCAUGAUCCGCACCAUUCCCCCUGACAUAGGGCGUGUCAAGUUGGAGGAUGCUUGUGGUAAUAUUCCCGGUUUCGUGUAUCUCGCGCUUGGUGAUCCUCUCCAGAAGAGAAAUUAUUAUCGUGCUGGAUGGCUGAAGUUCCGUGAUGAUGCUGACAUGUCGACUGUCAUGGCCGAACUUUCGGAUAAGAAGAUUGAAGGUUUCAAGUUGCAUGUUGCGCAUAACAUCAAGCCGUUUACGAGCAGGAUACGAUAUGCUCCCGAAGUUGCAAGCAAGCCCGACCGAUUGGCCAAAGACCUGGAGAACGUCAAGACACUUGCUGCGAUCUUGGAAGCGCAUUAUGAUACUCUGCGGAAGCUGAAGGUUGCGCCAAAGGAGCAAAACGGUGAUGCAUCCGCUUUGACGAAUGGAGAUGCUGCCCGUGCGGAGCAGCCUGAUGCAAUUAUGAGCGAUGCUGCAGCGGUCGAAGAGGAAGACCCGGAGCCGCGGGAGCGAGGAAGUGAUGCGGUGGAGAGGCGAAUCGAGAAGAUCAUGGCUGAUAUCCGGGACCAAGGUCUCGUGGAUGCUAGCGAUGAGAAGGGUCUGGAGGCGAAGAAGACCGUAGUAUCUUUGGACCUGUAUCUUGCCUACCUUCGUGCUGCGUUUCACACAUGCUACUAUUGCGCAGUUGUAACGGAUCAUCAAGAGGAAUUGCAGCGCAAGUGCGUAAAGCACAUGAGGAAACCCCUGUCUAAGAUGUUGCUUCAAGAGGUGAAAGCCGCAGAGGCUCAGAAGGCCCAGAAAGAGGUGAAAGAAGAAGAGGGCGAUGAAGGAAAAUCGAAGGACAAGGACAAGGAGGUCAUGGGCAAGGAAAAGACAUCGGAGACCCGCGACUGGAAGCGGAACGAUGAACGUUGGCUUGAAUGGUUGGAUUCCAAGGUCGCGCUAUUGGUUAACCGUGACGGCGUUGACCCCAGGGAUUACGGUGGCAAAAGCUACGAUAGUGAAUUGUCGAAAGCCUGUGAGCAAUAUAUCAAGCAGGAAGACGAGGGCAAAUAUAGGUGCAAGACGUGUCAGAAGCUUUUCAAGGCUACAUCCUUUGUUGAGAAGCAUAUUGCUAACAAGCACUCUGAACUUGUCAAACACCUUGAGGAAAUCCCGUACUUCAACAACUUCGCCCUUGAUCCGCAUCGCAUCCAGCCAUUCUCGCACCCGCCUCAACAGGUUGGCAACAGCCAAGCGCCACCUCCUCAGGCUUACGGUCUGCAGGGACCUGCAUACCCCCCGGGUGAUUAUGGUCGUGCAGCCCCUUACCAAGGCUCGUAUGGUGGUGCAUAUCCGCCACCUUAUACUGCCGGCUACUGGGAUCCGUAUACACACCCGUAUCCCCCGAAUGCUUACCCGCCGCCUCCCGUUCGUCGUGACGAAGGUGUGACAGCACGGCGGCUCAGUGAUCGUAUCAGCGGGUUCGCACCUGGAUAUGAGCAGAACGUGGAGCCUCCACCGGUGCCCGCUUCUGCAGGACUUCCUGCGAAGCCCGUCGCAUCUCUGGAGCCGGGACCUGGUGGUCGACGGGGCGGUCGUGGAGGCGCCGGUGUCGGCCCGCUGCCGCCCCCGCCUCCCGAUGCAAAGGAAGAUCCUCGUGCUGCAGCAGGGAAGAAAGUUAGCUACCAUGAUAUGGAUCUUGUGGCGGAGGGUGACGUUGAGUUGACCUACUAA